AUGGGUGUAGAGAAAAAUAUUUCGAUGUCACUAAAACUUAGUGAAGUGUUUUGUACUGAUGAAAAUAAUAUUAAAGAAUACAAUAAGGGAAAAAAUAACAAUUUAGAUAUAAUAGAAAAUGUACAAGACUAUAAAGAAAAAUCCAAGCAGAUAUUGAAUAAAUAUAAAAUUACUGAAUUUAAUAAAAAAAUAAAAAGUGAUCAAAAUAUAUACGAAAAAAAAAAUAAAAGUAUAGAGGAUGAAUAUAUAAAUAAUAAUCGUGAUAAUCGUGUAAAUAAUGGAAAUAUAAAAGAAGAACAUCAAGAUGAAAAUAUAUAUACUGAGAAAAACUAUAAAAACAUUAUUCCAUCCAAAGAAAGUAAUUUAUUAAUAGCCAAUGGAACUACAGGUAUAAUUGUACACAAUGGUAUAAUGUGUUUAUCUAUGAAAGGUAUUCAACCAUUUAUUAUUACUAGCGUAAAAAAUUCAUUUUGUGUAUAUGAUCCUCACAAAUUAAGGAAAGCAUUUCUUUCAGAAUAUUUUUUAGAAGAUAUAAAAAACUUAUAUAGUACAAACAAUUUCGUCUAUGUAAUAUUUAACAGACAGGUAUAUAAAAUAAAUGAUAAUGGAAAUAAGAAAGUUUUUUCUGAUCAUCAUAAAUAUAAUAUUAUUAAUAUAUUAAUUACUUUGGAUUAUUUAUUAACAUACAGUGCAAAGGAAAUAAUUAUAUGGAAUGAUAAUAAUGAUAGAAAUGAUUUUACUCAAAGUGACACGAAUAGCGAAUUAUCCGAUAAUGAAGAGAAUAACGAUGAGAAACAUGUUAAAAAGGAUAAUAAUACUAAGGGGAACCCUAAUUCUAUAAAUAAGAAUAAUUAUACAAAUGAUAAUGAUAGAAAUCUUGAUAGUAAUAAAAAUGAUCCUAGUAAUAACAAAAGUAAUGUUAAAAAUAAUCAUAAAAAAAACAAUAUUCAAGAAAAUAUGCCGAAAAAAAGUGAUUAUUUUUAUAAAUCAAUCAAUUUAUUUGAUAAUGCAUCGAAUGUUGAAAUUAAAAGUGUUAUUCAUCCAGAAGGUUAUAAAAAUAAAGUUAUUAUAACUACCAACGAAAAUAAAAUAUAUUUAUAUAAUAUUAAUAAGGAAAAAAUAAUUUAUGAAUAUAAAGCAAUAAAUAUUUUAUGCCUAAAUGAAGAAAAAUAUAUUAAAAUAAUAUCGCCAACAUUAAAAAAUGAAGAACUUUGUAUUAUUACAUCAUCCAAUGAAUUAUAUAUACUAGAUAUUGAAAAAGAUCAAAUUGUAUAUACCAAAAAUAUACAUAUGAAUGAUGACUUUGUUAGUUGUGUUAGUUUUUAUACAUAUCAAUUCGAUGAUGAAAUGAAUUAUAUUAUAUUAAUAGGAACAGAAAAUGGCAAACUACUUAUGAUUAAUUUGAAAAAUAAUCAAUAUUUUAUAAGGAGGGAUGUACAUGAUUAUGUAAAAACUAUAUUGGUAUCAGGUCAAGGAUAUAUAUAUACAUGCGGAUAUGAUAAUAAAAUUCAUUUAUUGAAUAUAAAUAAAAAUAAUUUUACAUUAGAUAUUAUAAAAACUAGAAAUAGUUGUAUUGGAAUAGUUAAUAAUAUCAAAUAUUUAGAUGAUGAAAAUCAUAAAUUAAUUGUCUCAGCAAAUAUGGAGAAUACAAAAGAAGGUAAUUUAUUUAUUAUAAGUCCUCAUAAUCCUGAACAAAAUAAGGAUUUCUCAUUUAAUAAAAAACUUAAUAUUUUAAAUACUACCAUAAUAGAUUUUGAUAUUAAUAUAAAUAGACAUUAUGACUGGAAUAAUAUUUUAAUUUGUUUUGAAAAUUCAGAUCGUAUAUAUUUAGCAUCAUCUUAUAAAAAAACAAUAUCUAAUGAAUAUUUAAUAUUACCUAAUUCAUAUUCAAAUAAAAGACAAAAUAAAGAAAAGGUGAAUAAUGAACCAUUUUUAAAAAAUGAAGAAAAUGUAGAAGAAGAUAAUAAUUCUGAUUUAGAAAAUGAAGAAUAUAAAAUAUAUAAUGAAUAUGAAACUUAUCAAAUGCUUCAUUUAAAAAAGCAAAAAUAUGCAACCUCUGUAUUAAUAUCAUCAUGCGGACAUAUAGGUAUUGUUGGAUAUAAUGAUGGAGAAAUUCAUUCUUUUAAUAUACAAUCUACAACAUAUAGAAAUGAAUAUAAAUUAAAUAAAUAUUCAAUUUCAUCUAAAGCUCAUAUAAAUGGUAAUAUAUUAAAAUUAUAUUUAUAUGGAAUUAAUUAUUUUGUAUCUGCUUCCAGUUCUAAGGAAGAUACAUGUUUAAGAGUAUGGAAUAUAUAUACAAGCGAUUUAAUUUAUGUUUAUAAUAUAAAAAAUGAAUAUACUAAUUCAGUAGAGGAUAUUCAUAUUGUCUCAUUUUAUCAUUAUAAUAUACUUACUGCUGUUUGCCUCUCAAAUAAUCAUACCUUAAUUUUAGACAUUGAACAAAAAUGUAUUACAAGAAAAUUCCAUUUUGCAUUUCUCGUAACUAAUAUAAUUUUUAGUAAAGAUAAUAGGUUAAUUUUCUUUGCAUUACAAAAUAAUACAUUAUUGAUAUAUGAUAUUAUUUCAAAUACAUUUGUAGAUUAUUUAUUAUUUAAAAAUUCGGUUACGUCCAUGGUAUAUGAUGAUAUUUAUUUAUAUACAGCACACAAAAAUUGUUAUAAUUUUGUAUAUAGUUUUACUAACAAAAAUUUAUUUAAUAAAUAUAAUUAUUAUGUUAGUGAUUAUAAAUCUUUUCAUGCUAUACCAAUAGAAGUAUUCUCCGAUACUGAAGAUGAAAAAAGUUACAAUAUAAUGAAUAUAAAAGAUUUAAUUAAUAUGAAUCAACAAAGUGAAGAUAACCUUAACAAUAAUAUUAAUGAAAAAUUAUCAAAACAUGACGAACCAAUAAAUGAAAAUGAAAAAAAUGAUUAUGUAAAUAUAAUGGAAACGUAUACUUCAAGUGAAAACCAAAUUAAUAAAAAUUUAAUAACCUUAUCAGGUUUUAAUAUAUCAAAAAUUGCAUACCUUAUUUUCCUUGAUAAAAUAAAGGACAAGUGUAAGGUAGAAGAAAAUGUUAAAAGAAAUGAUGAAAUUCCAUUUUUCCUUACCACAAAAUUGGAUAAAAAUAUUGAAUAUAAAGAUGAUAAAGAAGAACAAUUCUUGCAGAAUGUCACAAAUAAUUUGGAAAAUAAAACAAGUGAACAAGAAUCCCAACAGAAAGAUGAACAACAAGAAAAUCAAGAGAGUAAUGUUGAAAGUAAAGAAAUUGUAAAAAGUAAGCACAUAGGAAAGAAUAGUAAAAUUCAAAUACCAUCAUCAAAAUUGCAAGAAAUACUGUCCAAAAAUGAAGAAUCCUAUAUAAAGGUUUUGAAAUACUUCAAAAGUCUAUCUCCUUCCGGGAUACAUUAUAAUAUAUUGUGCUUAAGUACAAAAGAAGAGUUGGAAAAUAUGAUGAAUUUUUUCAUUUACCAUGUUAAGACAAAUGAUAAUGUUGAUUUAAUCCAGGCAUAUUUAUUUAUAUUUUUAAAGGCACAUGGUAAAAAAAUUAUGAAAUCCAAAGAAAAGAAAUUAAAGAAUACUACAAAGGUAUUACUUCAUGAAAUUCAAGGAUGUUGGUCUAACAUCAACUUUUUAUUUGAAAAUAUAAUUUUUUUUAUUAAAUUUUUAACAAAUAUACAAUUAGAAUAA